UAUACGUCAUCAGGAAGCGCCAGCGGUUGCUAAGGAAGCUGAGGAUCGUCAUGGAAACCAACGGGGAAACGAAUACAUGAGACACAUACUGCUGGCUGAGAAAUUGAUGUCUGCGCUGGAUGGAUGGAGAACUGAUUCACAGCCGCGACACCCAUGGUAUAAAGAAAGACUGCAUAAAAAAAUUCUCAAAGAAUCCAACCAGAAACUGAAUCUGUCAGGAGCUCUCAACAGCUGCCACUGGAAAUUCCUACCAAGAGGAGCUGAUGAUUUCCGGGAUGGCUAUCCCUCUUCUUCUGACACGUCCUCCAUCUCAUCCACCAAAGGACAUGCUCCAGUCCUGCAGAACAUAACCCGUGACCCAGAACCUGCUCAGAAGCCAAGGAAGAGGUUUACCAAACAGCAGUCCUGCUACUCAAAGCUCCUCCCACUGCAGCAGGCACGCCAAGAAUACAUUGCCGAGAUAGAGUAUGGCCUUACACAACACCCAUUGGUCCUUUACCCUCACCUGGAAGAAUGCCUGCCACCUGAUCUGUUUGAACAAAUUGUGGACCUUCUUGACCCUGAGAUGAGAUUAAAAAGUGCUUCUGGAUGCUAUGAAGCCAUUCCUGAGGAGCAAGAGGAAGAGAGCAGCAUUCCACCUACUGACCAACAGGAGUGGCAGAGCGAGAAAUCACGUCACACCAGUACCAGGCAAUCAGCAAUGAGUGAGCAAUCUAGGCUUAAAAAUCCAUACACCUGGCUUUCUAAGCAAGAAGAGACUGUACAGGAAGAGAAAAAGUCCAAGAUAACCCAUCCUUUCACUCCUGCACCAAAUGAACGUGUCAAGCAUGUGACCAAGGAGUUCUGUGAUUGGGUGAAUUCAUUGGGAGGGGAGCCAUGCAAUAUUAAUGAAUCCACCAUAUUCAGUCUAUUUGCCAGUGGCUUUGACACUAAGCCGCCUCUUAGUGUCCCAAUUCAUGUUGUAGAGCUUAACAAUGUGCCGGCAGAGUUGAAAAUGUAUGUGGGAAACUCACCUCAAGAGCACAGUGCAAAGACUUCACCCUCAAGGAACGUACAGCUGCAGUCUAAGGAGCCCACAUACUUCCCAAGUUGGGUGAAGACUAGAUAUGGAGCUUGGUACCUUGAGCCCAACACAUGGAAGAAGCAUAAAGUCAAUGAGCCAUUAACAGAUCCAGCUGUAGAAAAGACCAUUAGGGGCAUGCAUUCAACACAUAGGCUCAGCCAAAAGGAUGAAGACCUGAUGCAGCUGCAUGGAACGGUUGCCUUUAAAGAUUUUAUUGAAAUGAAAGGCUACAGAAAACCACAUUUUAUCAACAAAAUAUUCCCUAGAAAAGAUGCUGUACCCUCAGAAAGCCCAAUUCCAACAGGAUGUAGAACGGCUUCUUCUGGCAGAAACACCUGGUACCGGUCCAGCUCAGCCUCUACCCAUGAAGAUAGUAUAAUAAACUAAUUACCUUCUCUAUGUCACAUACUCUGUCUUUAGAUUGAAUAUUAACCAGUUAUGUGGUUAAUGUGUAAUUGGGCCGGUUUCAGAAUGCAGUCAUAAGCAAAUAACUAAAAAGGCUAAUGAGCAAUAUAAAUAUCUUAGAAUAGCAACAUUUAGUUACCAUAAAGCCAGUGAUACAGUGGGACAAAGGGGGUAAUUCCAAGUUGAUCGCAGCAGGAAAUUUUUUAGCAGUUGGGCAAAACCAUGUGCACUGCAGGGGGGGGGGAGAUAUAACAUUUGCAGAGAGAGUUAGAUUUGGGUGGGUUAUUUUAUUUCUGUGCAAGGUAAAUACUGGCUGCUUUAUUUUUACACUGCAAAUUAGAUUGCAGAUUGAACACACCACACCCAAAUCUAACUCUCUCUGCACAUGUUACAUCUGCCUCCCCUGCAGUGCACAUGGGCCCUCAUUCCGAGUUGUUCGCUCGGUAUUUUUCAUCGCAUCGCAGUGAAAAUCCGCUUAGUACGCAUGCGCAAUGUUCGCACUGCGACUGCGCCAAGUAACUUUACUAUGAAGAAAGUAUUUUUACUCACGGCUUUUUCUUCGCUCCGGCGAUCGUAAUGUGAUUGACAGGAAAUGGGUGUUACUGGGCGGAAACACGGCGUUUCAGGGGCGUGUGGCUGAAAACGCUACCGUUUCCGGAAAAAACGCAGGAGUGGCCGGGGAAACGGUGGGAGUGCCUGGGCGAACGCUGGGUGUGUUUGUGACGUCAACCAGGAACGACAAGCACUGAAAUGAUCGCACAGGCAGAGUAAGUCUGGAGCUACUCUGAAACUGCUAACUCGUUUGUAAUCGCAAUAUUGCGCGUACGUCGGUCGCACAUUUAAGAAGCUAAGAUUCACUCCCAGUAGGCGGCGGCUUAGCGUGUGUAACUCUGCUACAUUCGCCUUGCGAGCGAACAACUCGGAAUGAGGGCCAUGGUUUUGCCCAAUUGCUAACAGAAUUCCUGCUGCGAUCAACUUGGAAUUACCCCCAAAUUGCAGUAGUAAUGUUCUGCUUUGUAGUCUACUGUAAUAUCCGUUCUGUAAUGACUUGGGAACUCUGGUAUAUUACAAAUAAAAUAAAACAUGCACUCUG